AUGUCGUUGGUAGCAGUUUGUGAACCUAAGACUUCUCUAUUGAACCUGGAUUCGGUCCGGGUGAAGGUAGGAAUGGAUUUAGCUGUUGCAAAUCAGUCGAGUAGUGUUUGGGUAUUGUACAAAUCUGCGUUUACUUGUCAUACGAUAGGGGAAUCCAAUCAGCACAUCACAUUGGGCAUUGGUUCCCAAUUAUUGCCUGAGGAGAUAUGCUUUUCAUUUGUUCAUGCAAAGUGCACUGCUCAAGAGAGGGAAGGCCUAUGGGUAGAGCUAUUGCGCGAGAAGCCGGCGGUUAAGCCCUGGUUUCUAGUGGGGGAUUUUAAUGUUAUUUUGAAUGCAGAGGAAAAAUGGGGCAGCUUACCUUUCAGGCAGGCCGAUAGGGUGGAGUUAGCACAAUUUAUGUCAUUGGCAGAGGUUGGGGAUGCUGGCUUCUCGGGGUCCAGGUAUAUUUGGUGUAAUAAUAGGCAAGGUUUGGCUAGGGUUUGGAAGCGCUUAGACAGAUUUUUGCUCAACUCCGCAGCAAUGAGGAUGGAAAAUGCUUUCAUAGUGCAACAUAUGGGGAGAGAUCCGUCUGAUCAUGCCCCCCUGCUGUUGUCUGCGGUGACGAGGUUGGAUGGUAAGCCAAUGCCGCUCCGCUUCUUGAAUGUGUGGACAACAAAACCUGAUUUCCUGGAUGUGAUUAAAGAGUGUUGGUCUUUUUCCUUCCCUGGGUCGUCUCUCAAGAUUUUAGCGGAGAAGCUACGUAGGGCGAAGCAAGCGCUUCGACAAUGGUCUAGAAGCUCUUUUGGUGACAUAUUCUUGGCGAUUCGGACAGCGGAGCAAAAGAUGGUAGAGGCGGAAAUAGCCCAUGAUGACCAUCCAUCAGACGGGUUGUUGAUGAAUCUACAUGAGACGCGUGCUCGACUGCGCAAUGCUUUAAUGGUUGAGGGAGAGUUCUGGAGGCAGAAAGCUCGGGUUAAAUGGCUUAUGGAUGGCAACAGGAAUACGGGGUUGUUUACAAAAGAGGUGGGAAGAAUUGCCAGUGACAUGUUAGAGGUCAUUCCUAGGGUUAUCACUGAACACGAUAACAAUUUGCUGAUGGAGGUCCCAUCAAUACACGAAGUGAGGGGGGUCAUCUUCUCAAUGGAUGGGGAUAGUGCCGCGGGUCUGGAUGGCUUCACGGGGAAGCUUUUCACGGUUGCGUGGGAGGUGGUCGUUGUGGAUGUUCAUAGGGCUAUAGCGAGCUUCUUUUGUGGCGCAAUGUUGCCAAGAAGCGUCACCGCUACUGCAAUUGUGUUGCUUCCCAAGGUUCAAUGCCCACAGGAUUUUACACAAUUUCGACCGAUAAGUUUAUGCAACUUUGUCAACAAGGCCAUCUUCAAAAUCUUAUCCACCCUUUUGGCUAGGGUUUUUCCUCGGAUUAUCUCACUGCAGCAGAGUGGUUUCGUGCCAGGGAGACAGAUGGCGGAUAAUUUUCUAUUAGCUCAAGAGUUGUUGAGCGAUAUUAAGAAACCCAACCGGGGAGGGAAUGUAAUGCUCAAACUAGACAUGAUGAAGGCCUACGAUAGGGUAUCGUGGUUGUUUUUUACACAAGUUCUGUGGCGUUUUGGUUUUAGUGAGACUUGGAUUGAUAUGGUGUGGAGGUUGAUUUCCAAUGUUUGGUUUUCCGUCAUUGUGAAUGGCUUGCCGCAUGGGUUCUUUAAGUCUACCCGAGGAUUGCGCCAGGGAGAUCCAAUUUCGCCGACCUUGUUUGUCAUUGGGGCAGAGGUACUUUCUCGCUCUCUAAAUGCUUUGGCGGAGCAUCGGAGCUACCGACCCUUUAAAGUCCCGAGUGGAUGCCCUGUGGUCACGCACUUGGCUUAUGCAGACGACGUGAUCAUUUUCACUAAUGGCCUUAAGGCUUCUGUGCAGUUGGUCAAGAGGGUAGUCGAUGGAUACUAUUCACUGUCGGGGCAGCAGGUUAACUGUCAGAAGAGUUAUUUUUUGGUGCACCCCAGGUUGCCUCCGCAACACCGAGCAAUGAUCAGAAUGGUUACGGGCUUCUCGUACAAGUCUUUUCCAAUCAAAUACCUCGGCUGUCCUUUAUAUAUUGGAAGGAGAAGAUUGACUUACUUUGCAGAUAUCUGCAUGCCGGUCCAUCUGUUAGCAGCGGCAUCACCACCAAAGGGAGUUUUUGCCUCUAUCGAAAAGGUGAUGGCUGAAUUUUUGUGGGGUUCGUCGGAUGUUGGCCAUAAGUUUCAUUGGAUAAGCUGGAGGGAGCUGUGCCAGCCUCCGGAAGCAGGUGGGAUCGGAAUUCGGAGCAUUGCUAAGGCCCAAUGGAAUGUGCAGCUGCUUAAUCGGGUCUUAGAGCCGGAGCUGGUGAGGCAGGUGGUGAAGGUCCCUCGUCCUUCCUCUCGAGGAACGGAUAGGAUGGUCUGGGCUUUAACGGCGGAUGGCAUCCAAUUGCUCGUGGGUCGCUUCUCAGGUUUGGCUGAAGGGAUGUCCACUCAAGAUUUCCUUCUUCAUGCUCCAGUUGUUGCGGUCGCAUCUUCCGCUUAUGGAUAUGCUACGAAGAUUUGGGGUUCAGGGACUGUCUAA